UUUUUAUAAAUUUAGAAAUUUAAAACAUCUAUAGUAAGUCAAUUUUUGUUAUAUUAAAAUUAUAAUAAAUUAACAGAAAAGGUGAAGUGAAAUAGCGAUGGGUGCACCAUACGUAGAAUUGGAUAAACCACUAGACGAUUUUGCGUUAUUGUGCCGUGGAUGUCUGGCUAAUUCUGGAGAAAUGAAAAACAUGGUACAAUGGGGAUUAGCUGAAGAUUUCUAUAAAUUCACAAAUAUACAGGUGAGCGAUCCGGAAGGCGUCUCCGAGCUGCUGUGCACAAGCUGUGAAAAUGUUUUAUCAACGUGCAGAAGAUUCAGGGAACAGUGUCAAAAUUCUAAUACACUCUUACAAAACAUAGUAAAGAAAAAUAAUAAAGUAGAACAAUUAGAGCCAAAAGGAAAUACGACGCACGAAAAUACAGUUAAGUGUAUACAGUGCGAUAAUAAAUUAAUUAUAAUGAUAACAGCGCCAAAUACAGAAGACAAGAUACACCUACCAUGCCCUUACGAGUGUCCAGAAAUGUUCACAAAAAAGUCCACCCUGUAUUACCACUUAAUAAAAAUACAUAGUGUAAAGAAGUCUUUAAUUAUUGACUUGCAAUACUACUGUACGGUCGAUGGGUGUUCUUACGCAUCUAAUUCGGAAGAGAACAAAUAUUUUUCAGGUAGAAAAUAUCUAAAUCAACAUUAUAAUAAAGUGCACACAAUAAAAACAUAUUGUCACACGUGUAAACUCAGUUUCUCAACGGACGCUGAGUUUUAUAGACAUUUAAAUACAUGCAACACGACAUUCUCGUGUGAGUUAUGUGAUGUGCAUUAUAAUACUAAUGCGAAAUUGUUAGUGCAUUUAAUGAGAAGGCAUCCGGAAUUACACAAACAAUACAAAGAUAAACGCAAAGCCAAUAAACGGAAAUUAGAUGAUGAAACCGAUGCGAAAAAACUCAAGAUCGAAUAUGACAAAGUAACUGAGUUUAUGUGCGAUAGUCCAAAACGGUCGUUUGCAACACAAACAUUAAGUGAUAAUAUAAAAAACGAUGUAGCUUUACCGUCUUGGCAGAUUUUGGGAGGCCGAGGUGAAAUGUACGAAACGAAAACUGAUGAGAUAUCAACGCAGACUGUGUUUGAAGAUCUGCUGUCAUUGAAAUCCCAAACGAGCGAAGAUGAAUCAAUGUUCUUUUCUGAAACUGUGUCAUUGUCAGAUAUACAAACUCAGACUUUUCCCUUGGAGUUUGGUUUGAGUAGAUCGAACAAGGAGACCAUUACAGAGGUUCAGUCAGCGGACUUGAACAUGAAAGAGACGCAAACAUGCUAUUGUCAUGAUUCACCGAAAACUUUCAAGUUGUUCGACAGCAUCUCGUCUAGUCCUUCCAGUAUUAAUCUGACAUCGACCGAGACCCAAACUGCCGAACGGUCUUUGGUUAAGUCCGAUGUGUUACUGAGCUUCAACUCGGCCGAAACUCAGACGAGUUUCGAUGAGGAAUUGGGAAAGCACAAUUUAUGAUAUUGGCAGAAUCUGUGAAAGCAGAAGUUGUUAGAAGCUAGUCAAUGUAACAGUUAUGUUUCUGUCAUAGAUAUUGUCUAUGGGAAGUUUGGUUUUGUCACAUGUCUACAAAAGCACAGCUUUAGAGCUAUAAUUUAUAUAAUAUAUUGAAUGGCACAAUAUGAG